AUGUCCUAUCACGAUAGAGACGUUCACAACCAAGAGCCGACCAUCGAUCAAUAUGGUCAGCCAAUAUAUCCGCAAGAUGAUUCAUACAGCCAAGAUGGCGAAUCACAUCAAGAACAAUACAUGAACGAAAAUUACUCAGAUUUUAGCAGUUUUGCUGCCCCAAAUGGUGCUCAUAAUAAUACAAAUUCUGCAUCCACAUAUGAUGAUAGUUAUGGGGGACAGUAUACUUCUUCUCAAGUUAGUUAUAGUGAACAAACUGGGACAUCUACGCCCGUUUUCGGCAGUGGUCCAUUUAAUAUGCCAGAUGGAUUAAAUGUAGGACUACCUAAUGAUCCAUAUCCAGCAUGGACCGCAGAUGAGGAUGCACCAGUAAAUAUUGAGCAAAUUGAAGAUAUAUUUAUUGAUUUAACAAAUAAAUUUGGUUUCCAAAGAGAUUCAAUGAGAAAUAUUUUUGAUCAUUUUAUGACUUUAUUAGAUUCAAGAGCUUCAAGAAUGACCCCGGCACAAGCAUUAAUUUCAUUACAUGCUGAUUAUAUUGGAGGUGAUACAUCCAAUUAUAAGAAAUGGUAUUUCGCAGCUCAAUUAGAUAUGGAUGAUGAAAUUGGGUUUAGAAACGUUAAAAUGGGGAAAUUAUCGAGAAAGGCUAGAAAAGCUAAGAAAUCAAAUAAAAAAGCUAUCAAACAUUCUUCUCCAGAGGCCGUUGAGGCAACAUUACAACAAUUAGAAGGCGAUAACUCAUUACAAGCCGCUGAUUAUAGAUGGAAGGCUAAAAUGAGUAGUUUAUCUCCAGAGGAAAUGGUUCGUCAAUUGGCUUUAUAUUUAUUAUGUUGGGGUGAAGCUAAUCAAGUAAGAUUUACUUCAGAAUGUUUAUGUUUCAUUUACAAAUGUGCUUAUGAUUAUUAUCAAUCUCCAGAAUGCCAACAAAGAACCCAACCCUUACCAGAAGGUGAUUAUUUGAAUAGAAUUAUUUCACCAUUAUAUCAUUUCUUGAGAGACCAAGUUUAUGAAGUGGCUGAUAACCGUUAUAUUAAACGUGAAAGAGAUCAUAACAAAGUUAUUGGUUAUGAUGAUGUCAAUCAAUUAUUUUGGUAUCCAGAAGGUAUCGCUAAAAUAAUAAUGGAAGAUGGACGUAAAUUGAUAGAUUUACCCAGUGAAGAUCGUUAUUUAAGGUUAGGUGACGUCAUUUGGGGAAACGUAUUCUUCAAGACAUAUAAGGAAACACGUACUUGGUUACAUAUGGUUACCAAUUUCAAUCGUAUUUGGAUUAUGCAUAUUUCGGUUUAUUGGAUGUAUGUUGCCUACAAUGCACCAACACUUUACACUCACAAUUAUCAACAAUUGGUCGACAAUCAACCAUUGGCAUCAUACAGGUGGGCAACUGCUGCCCUAGGUGGUACUGUGGCAAGUUUAAUUCAACUCGUCGCUACACUUUGUGAAUGGACUUUUGUUCCAAGAAAUUGGGCCGGUGCUCAACAUCUGUCACGUAGAUUCAUGUUUUUAUUUUUCAUCUUUGCAGCCAACUUUGCUCCAGUACUAUUUGUAUUCAUUUAUGAAAAGGAUACCGUUUACUCGAAAGCUGGUUAUAUUGUCGGAAUUGUUAUGUUCUUUGUUGCUGUAGUUACUAUGGUUUAUUUCUCAGUCAUGCCAUUAGGUGGACUUUUCACAUCAUAUAUGAAUAAAAGUUCGAGGCGUUACGUGGCAUCUCAAACCUUUACUGCAUCUUUUGCCCCAUUAAAGGGGAUUGAUAGAUGGUUAUCCUAUUUAGUAUGGGUAGUGGUCUUUGGUGCUAAAUAUGCAGAAUCCUAUUAUUUCUUAAUCCUUUCCUUGAGAGAUCCAAUUAGAAUCUUAUCUACUAUGACAAUGAGAUGUACUGGUGAAUAUUGGUGGGGUGCAAAACUAUGUAAACAUCAAUCCAAGAUCGUCUUAGGUUUAAUGAUUGCUACUGAUUUCAUUUUAUUCUUCCUGGAUACCUACUUGUGGUAUAUUAUUGUUAAUACAAUCUUUUCCGUUGGAAAAUCAUUUUAUUUGGGUAUCUCCGUUCUAACUCCAUGGAGAAAUAUUUUCACUAGAUUACCAAAGAGAAUUUACAUGAAAAUCUUAGCCACAAGCCAUGCUCAAGUUAAGUAUAAACCUAAAGUGUUAAUUUCUCAAGUUUGGAAUGCAAUUAUCAUUUCCAUGUACAGAGAACAUUUAUUGGCCAUCGAUCAUGUUCAAAAAUUAUUAUAUCAUCAAGUUCUAUCUGAAGUACAAGGUAAGAGAAGUUUGCGUGCUCCAACAUUUUUUACAUCUCAAGACGGAAAAUCUAUCGAAGGUGAAUUUUUCCCUAAGGAUUCAGAAGCUGAACGUCGUAUUUCAUUUUUCGCUCAAUCUUUGACAAUCCCAAUUAAGGAACCUUUACCAAUUGAUAACAUGCCUACUUUUACCGUUUUAACGCCUCAUUACUCUGAAAGAAUCUUACUAUCAUUAAGAGAAAUUAUUCGUGAGGAUGACCAAUUUUCCAGAGUUACUUUAUUAGAGUAUUUGAAACAAUUACAUCCAUUAGAAUGGGAUUGUUUUGUUAAGGAUACAAAAAUUCUUGCAGAAGAAACUGCUAUUUAUGAAGGAAACGAGGAAGAAACUGAUAAAGAUGAUGCCAUGAAAUCUGAAAUUGAUGAUUUACCAUUUUAUUGUAUUGGUUUCAAAUCUGCUGCACCUGAAUAUACUUUGCGUACACGUAUCUGGGCUUCUUUAAGGUCACAAACACUUUACCGUACAGUCUCAGGGUUUAUGAAUUACUCAAGAGCCAUUAAAUUAUUAUAUCGUGUGGAAAAUCCAGAAAUUGUUCAAAUGUUUGGUGGUAAUGCUGAAGGUUUAGAAAGAGAAUUAGAAAAGAUGACAAGAAGAAAGUUUAAAUUUUUGGUUUCCAUGCAAAGAUUGGCUAAAUUCAAACCUCAUGAAUUGGAAAAUGCUGAAUUCUUACUAAGAGCUUACCCAGAUUUACAAAUUGCCUACUUGGAUGAAGAACCUCCAUUAAAUGAAGGUGAAGAACCAAGAAUUUAUUCCGCUUUAAUCGAUGGUCAUUGUGAAAUUCUAGAAAAUGGUCGUAGACGUCCUAAAUUUAGAGUUCAAUUAUCUGGUAAUCCAAUUUUAGGUGAUGGUAAAUCUGAUAAUCAGAAUCAUGCCUUAAUUUUCUACAGAGGUGAAUACAUCCAAUUAAUUGAUGCCAAUCAAGAUAAUUAUUUAGAAGAAUGUUUGAAGAUUAGAUCUGUACUAUCUGAAUUUGAAGAAAUUUAUGCAGAACCUUUCAAUCCAUACAUUCCAGGUAUGAAAUAUGAGGAACAAACAACAAAUCACCCAGUGGCCAUUGUUGGUGCAAGAGAAUAUAUUUUCUCCGAAAACUCUGGUGUUCUUGGUGAUGUUGCUGCUGGUAAAGAACAAACUUUUGGUACAUUAUUCGCUCGUACUCUAUCACAAAUUGGUGGUAAAUUACAUUAUGGUCAUCCGGAUUUCAUUAAUGCUACAUUUAUGACAACCAGAGGUGGUGUUUCUAAGGCUCAAAAGGGGUUACAUUUGAAUGAAGAUAUUUACGCUGGUAUGAAUGCCAUGUUGCGUGGUGGUCGUAUUAAGCAUUGUGAAUAUUACCAAUGUGGUAAAGGUAGAGAUUUAGGUUUCGGUACAAUUUUGAAUUUCACAACAAAGAUUGGUGCCGGUAUGGGUGAACAGAUGCUAUCCCGUGAAUACUAUUAUUUAGGUACUCAAUUACCAAUUGAUCGUUUCUUGUCAUUCUAUUAUGCGCAUCCUGGUUUCCAUUUGAAUAAUUUGUUUAUUCAACUUUCUUUGCAAAUGUUCAUGUUAACUUUGGUUAAUCUACAUGCUUUGGCUCAUGAAUCCAUUAUUUGUCUAUAUGAUAGAAAUAAGCCAAUUACAGACGUUCAAUAUCCUUUGGGUUGUUACAAUCUAGCUCCAGUCAAUGAUUGGGUUAGACGUUAUACUUUAUCUAUUUUCAUUGUCUUCUUUAUUGCCUUUGUUCCAAUUAUUGUUCAAGAAUUAAUUGAACGUGGUUUAUGGAAGGCAAUCUUAAGAUUCUUCCGUCAUUUAUUAUCAUUAUCUCCAAUGUUCGAAGUGUUUGCAGGUCAAAUCUAUUCCUCUGCGUUAAUGAGUGAUUUAACAGUUGGGGGUGCACGUUAUAUUGCCACAGGUCGUGGUUUUGCUACUUCUCGUAUUCCAUUCUCAAUUUUAUACUCAAGAUUUGCAGGUUCUGCAAUUUAUAUGGGUGCAAGAUCAAUGUUAAUGUUAUUAUUUGGUACUGUGGCUAAUUGGAAUGUUUGUCUAUUAUGGUUCUGGGCAUCCUUAACUUCAUUACUAUUCUCUCCAUUCAUUUUCAAUCCUCAUCAAUUUUCGUGGCAAGAUUUCUUCUUAGAUUACAGAGAUUUCAUCAGAUGGUUAUCAAGAGGUAACAGCAAAUAUCAUAAGAAUUCUUGGAUUGGUUAUAUUAGAAUGUCAAGAUCUCGUAUUACUGGGUUUAAACGUAAAUUGACCGGUGAUGAAUCAGAAAAGGGAGCUGGUGACGCUAGUAGGGCACACCGUAUUAAUUUAAUAUUAGGUGAAGUCUUCCCAUGUACCGUUUAUGCUGCUGGGUGUUUUAUUGCUUUUACAUUUAUUAACGCUCAAACAGGUGUUAAGACUACACAUGACGAUAGAGUAAACUCAGUAUUACGUUUAAUCAUCUGUACCUUAGCUCCUAUUGGUAUUGACAUGGCAGUUCUAUUGAUGUGCCUGGCGAUGUCUUGUUGCUCCGGUGUAUUAGGUAUGUGUUGCAAGAGAACUGGUGCAGUGAUGGCUGCAAUUGCCCAUGGUACUGCUGUCAUUGCACAUGUUGGUUUCUUUAUUGUUAUGUGGGUCCUUGAAGGUUUCAAUUUCAUAAGAAUGUUGAUGGGUGUCAUUGCUUGUAUACAAUGCCAAAGAUUUAUCUUCCAAUGUACCACUGUGUUCUUACUAAGUCGUGAAUUUAAACAUGAUCAUGCCAACACUGCCUUCUGGAACGGUCAAUGGAAUAGUAAUGGUAUGCAUUGGACUCAACCAACAAGAGAGUUCCUGGCUAAGGUUAUUGAAUUGUCUGAAUUUGCUGCCGAUUUCGUGCUAGGUCACAUCAUCCUAUUCUGUCAAUUACCAAUUCUUUGUAUUCCAACCAUUGAUAAAUUACACUCUAUCAUGUUGUUUUGGUUAAGACCUUCUCGUCAAAUUCGUCCACCUAUUUUCUCUUUGAAACAAACUCGUCUGCGUAGACGUAUGGUUAUGAAAUAUUCAAUGCUAUACAUUCUCAUUUUGAUUGCGUUUGCUGGUUGUAUCAUUGGUCCUGCUGUAGCUGGUUCUCGUGUCCAUAGAGAUUUUGGUACUUCCUUGACUGGUAUCACACAUAAUUUAUUCCAACCAAGACAUGUUAACAAUAAUGAUACAGGAACUGGAAUUGCCACAUACUCAGGCCAUUAUUACACGAUUACUCCUUCAAUGAGAACGUGGUCUACUAAGAAUUAA